UGCUGGAGCUGGUGUAUUUUUUCAUUGUGGAUUUGGGACACCAGCGCAAACACUGCGGGUGGGAAAAACACUCCAAUCAAAGGCGUUGUGUCAAUAUUUAAAUUUCAUGGAAUUAUCGCUUUGCACUAACAGAAAUGUCAGGCUUUGUGGUUUUUGUGCUGAUAUUGUCAUUGUCCGCUAUGGUGCCGUGUCUGGGCUCUCCUUAUCCGUCAGUAGCGGUGGCGCCUCAGCCUUGCCUCGCGCCGUUACAGUGGGAGGGUCGGACCGUUCAAUAUGACCACGCCACGGGACGAAACACACGGGCAGCGGUCUCCUAUGAUGCACAGAAUCAGCGAAUUAGGGUUCUGGAGCAGAAGACAGGACACACACCUUGUAAAAAGUUCUUUGAGUACAUCUACUUGUUCAAGAGUGGAGUGCUUUUCCAGAUUGAGGAAGUUACCAAGCAGUGUGCAAAGAUUGCUUUGACCGAGGCCUGGGACCCUUAUGAUAUACCCCUGAACUCCACAUAUGAGGACCAGUACUUCAUUGGAGGACCUGGAGACUUGAUCGAAGUUCAAGAAUGGUCUGAUCGAAAACCGGCCCGCAAAAAUGAAGCUUGGGUUGGUGUGUACACUUUGAAGGACUGCUAUCCUGUGCAGGAGACAUACGCAAAGAACAGUAGCGUGACCACGUCCACUCGCUUCUUUGACCUUCAGCUGGGCAUCAGUGACCCUGAGGUGUUCACCCCACCCAGCACCUGCCAGUCAGCACUGUCUGAGAAGAUGACAUCCGACUGCUGAAUACAUCACUCAUCUCUACUCAUCUCAGUACAUAUUAACCAUAAUACAGUAACAGCUUUUAAACAAACGUAUAAUACACCGACAAAGAGCACAUGAAUUGAGUGCAGGUACUGUUAAAUAUAAUCAGCUUCGAAAUAAACCAAGAAUGUCAGUUUUAUGUUCACUAGUUCUUGUUGAUUUAUAGUGUGAACUGUGCCUCAUAUUAAUGAAGCCUCGUUUUUAAUAUGCCACAUUUUUUGCUGUGUUGUGCUGAUGGAUUAAUGUAGCCUAGUACUCUUCUGUUUGUUUUACAGUUAAUAUUUUGUUCAUCUUCUUAAUAUUUUAUUUAGCCUUUAGUUGUUGAAGAAACCUUGAAUUUUAAUUUUAAUAAAAUGGUUUACCUCACUAC